AUGGCUAAAGAGCCAACUAUCCCCAAGGUCAAGGCCAAGGCUAGCAAGCCCGUCAAGUCUGGCAUUGUGAAGCGCACUCCUGUCAAAACUUCCCCUGCCAAGCGUUCUCCUACCAAGCUCGAGUCCUCUACCAUGGAGAGGGACGUGGUCUUCUUAUGGAAGUGUAUUAAGCUUUCUAACAGCUUCAAGAUUGACUGGACUGCCGUCGCCAAAGAUGCAGGCAAGUCCGUCGGCACUGUGCAGAAGCAGUGGUCUCGUCUGAACCUCAAGAUUGAGAGGAGUAUUCCAACCCCUGCUCCGGGCAACGACUCCGACAAGGAUGACAACGAGGAGGGUGACCUGGUCGCCACCUCCAACGACUCGGAGUAG